AAAAAAAAGAACAGAGGCAGAGUAUUAAGUGACCUUCCAGCUUACUUAUACUUCCUAGGAUAUAUAUAUAACAAAUGGCGUCUUGGCUUCUCUUUGCUGUGUUCUCUUGUGUUCUUCUUCCUGAAACUGUAUUUGGGGAAACAAGGCAUUACACGCUGGACAUAAAAAUGCACAACGUGACACGUCUUUGCCACACAAAGAGCCUUGUUUCUGUAAACGGGAAGUUUCCAGGGCCUAAGAUUUUUGCUAGAGAAGGUGACCAGCUUCUGAUCAAAGUUGUUAACCAUGUGCCAAAUAAUAUCUCUCUCCACUGGCAUGGGAUCAGGCAAUUACGGUCUGGUUGGGCUGAUGGACCAGCUUACAUAACCCAAUGUUCUAUUCAGACAGGGCAAAGCUAUGUAUACAACUAUACCAUUGUUGGUCAAAGAGGCACUCUAUGGUACCAUGCACACAUCUCAUGGCUCAGAGCAACAGUCUAUGGUCCUCUUAUCAUACUUCCCAAACACGGUGUUCCUUACCCGUUUCCAAAACCUCACAAAGAAGUUCCCAUGGUCUUUGGGGAGUGGUUCAAUACAGACACUGAGGCAAUCAUCCGCCAAGCGACCUUGACAGGAGGUGGUCCUAAUGUCUCUGAUGCAUACACCCAGGAGUGUGGUACUACCUAA